AUGGCCGCUUCCGACUCUCUCCAUCUCACCGACAUUCUCACAAAUACCGCCUCGGCAAUCGCUGCCACCGAUGCUGCCUCGCUGGCACCCGCACAUGUCGUCCCCGAAACUGAAACCGACCAUGUCGCCGUCGACUCCAACCUUAAAUCGAAUACCACCGCCAUUCAUGCCCACGCCGUCAGCAAUGGCCGUGCUGGUAGUCCUCAAUCGCUUGGAGGCGGACGCUUCUUUCGUGAUCCCCUCGGUAUGCCUGUCCAACAUAGUCGCUCUCAGUCCCAGAGCCCGUUUCGUCUCGCCAUGCCCACCAUCUCCCCAGCCCAGCUGUCCUUUUCCGCCAUGCAGUACUUGCCCGUCCCCGUCAUCGUUCUCAACAGUCUCAAGACCGUCGUCCUCGCCAACGAGGCCAUGGGCAGAAUGAUGGGCAUUAUAACCAACGACACGGACGAUGACGACACUUCCCUCACCAUCGAUCGCCUCCGCGGCCAGACCCUCUCCCAGGUCGGUAUCGACAUGCUGCAGGAUGGCAAGCCCGUUUGGAUCACCUGGGAGACCUUCUUCGACACCUUGGUUCACGAAAUCGGCGCCCAUCCGCCUGCUUCUGGCCAAGACCAGCUGUCCGCUACCGCUACUGCCGGUGACGCUACUCCCACCAUCAACGGUCCCGUGAGCCCUUGUAAACAACGCCGUGGCUCUCCCACCAAGCCCGCCCAGGACGCUAUAGUCGAAGUCAUCAUUUCUAGAAAGGGCUUGCAUAAGACUACCUUUGACAGUCGCUACAAGUCCAAGGAGUCGGAAUUCCAUGCCUUUGCCAAAAUGAUUGUCACCGUUUGGGAAGUCGAGAACAAACAAGUUUACUUUACUCUUACCUUUACCAACACCCAGUCCACACCCUCGACCCCCGUCAACAACAAAAAGAGCGUUGCCAAGUCAAGCGUUCUCGAAGCCGCCGAGCGAAAAUCCAUCAACAACUCCAACCCCUCCUCCGUCGCCUCCAGUCGGGACCCGAGCUCCCCAGCUCUCAACACACCUAGCGUCCUCACCAUGUCUACCAGUCCUUUCCCCCCCAUGGGCCCGCCCUCCAUUGCAGCACACUCACCAUCUAGUACACCCUCUGUUCUGCAAAAGAUCAUUCGCAUGAAGGAUGCGCUCCUGGACAAUACUCAUAUACCUAUACUAGCCAUGUGGAAGGAUGGUAGUGUUACAUUUCCCAACAAGGCUGCUCGUCUAUUGCUUCCACACGACGCUGAUCUCGACUCGUCAUCUGACGGCUUCGAUUUGCUCAAAAACUGGGAAGUCUGGACUGAGGACUUUGCAAGAAGGCUAGAGCUCGACGAACACCCCCUUUCAAUUCUUCUCAAGACAGGCACGCCCUUUGACAGCUUUCGUGUUGGUGUCUUUGACUCGCAAGGCAAGCGCAUAGUAUAUGACCUACUCGGCGAAGCCAUCACCGACGAAAAGUCGGGUGAAUGCGUUGCCGGCGUCAUCACUUUCCGAGACGUUACCGUAAUGGCGGAAGAAAUCUCACUCAUCAAGGAGCGCGAUGAGGAGCGCUUCAAGAUUAUUUGCGACACCAUGCCUCAGCUGGUUUGGACUGCUACCGCCCAGGGACUGCACGAUUUCUUCAACACUCGGUGGUACACGUAUACUGGGCUGGCCCCUGAGCAGUGUCUUGGCCCGGCAUGGGAGACUUGUUUUCACCCAGACGACAAGGUCGAGGCUCUAUCAAGGUGGCGCAGAUCUCUCGAAACGGGAGACCCCUACGUCAUGGAAUCCCGUUGCCGCAACAAAGAAGGUGAGUGGCGAUGGUUCCUGGGGCGGGCACUCGCCGUGCGAAAUCCAGAGACGGGAGAAAUUGAAAAAUGGUUUGGCACCUAUACCGAUGUCCACGAAAGUAUCGAGACGAAGCUGGCAGCCAAACAAACACGCCAGCAGCUCCUCAGCGUCCUUGCACACUCUCGUGUCACCAUUUUCACCGUUGAUCCCAGUCGCCGCGUGACAAUGCUCGAGGGAGCUUUGAUCUGGUACACCACGUACGAGGACACGGAGAAGGGCCGUUGGUUCAUUGGUGAGGACAUGUACACCGUCUUUAAUAGGCUUACCGAGCAAAUGCCUGAGGGGGAACGACCGGACUGGCUCAAUUCCAUUGAAGAAAUCCUUGAGGGGAACCGUUCAGAAGAUAUCAAAGAGCAUGGCCUUGAUGACCGCUGGUAUCGCACGCGCUUUCUUCCCAUGUACGGCAAGAGGCCGCAGAAUGGGAAGCGAGCCAACGUCGAAGGUGUCAUUGGCGUCGUCAUGGAUGUUACCGAGCUAAAGGAUAGCGAGGAAGCCCUUCGCGAACAAUCGCGCGCCAAGCAUAGGGCCAUUGCAAAUGAAGCCGCGGCCAACGAAGCCAAUCGGCUCAAGAGCCAGUUCUUGGCAAACAUGUCGCACGAAAUCCGAACUCCCAUCACCGGCGUCCUUGGUAUGGCCGAGCUUCUUGGCGACAUGUGUCUGGACGAAGAGCAGCGCGACUAUGUUGACAAUAUUCAAAGCUCCGCGACAUCUCUGCUGACAGUCAUCAACGAUAUUCUCGACUUUUCCAAGGUGGAAUCCGGACGACUCGAUAUCGAGGAAGUUCAAUUUUCGCUAUCCAUCAUUCUAAAAGAAGUUGUGCGCAUGCUAAAAUUUGCAGUCGAACGCAAGAACCUCGAUUUCCAGUCCAACAUUGGCGACGACAUUGAAAACGACCUAGCCGUCAUUGGAGAUCCUGGUCGCGUGCGCCAAAUCAUCACCAACCUGCUUACAAACAGUAUCAAGUUUACAAGCCAGGGCUAUGUCCGAUUCUCAGUGGUAAAAGAAAAGGAGACGGCAGACUCCAUCAUCGUAAAGUUCGUCAUUGAAGACACUGGGAUCGGUAUCCAGGAAGACGUCCGUCGAAAACUUUUUCAGCCCUUUAGCCAAGGAGAUGCUUCGACUGCCCGCAGAUUCGGUGGAACCGGUCUUGGCCUCACCAUCUGCAAAAACCUCCUCGACUUGAUGCGUGGCGAGAUCACGCUCGAGUCGACAGUGGGAAGUGGUACGACGGCAACCUUUUGGAUUCCUUUCCAUAAGCCUCAGCGGCGCAACGCACAGAAUGUCGCCGCCGGUUCUAUUCCCGACCGCCUGCAGUCGGACCUAAGCAUAUCUUGCAACAGCUCAGAAUUUGAAAACGCCAUGGCUGCUACGCCUGCAGCCUCUGAUGGUUCUGGACUCUCUGAACUUCGUCGUCGCUACUCUGUGCGGUCAUCUCAGAGUGUCGAGCAGGAUCUUCCCCGAUCUGAACGAGCUGCGUUUCACAUUCUUGUCGUCGAAGAUAAUGCAGUAAACCAAAAGAUCGCAACGCGCACGAUACGAAAACUCGGCUUUCAAGUAACUGCGGCAUGGAACGGCAGAGAGGCUCUGGAGUAUGUGCUCGGAGCGAGUGAGGGCCGAAACGUCAAGCCCGACAUCAUUCUCAUGGAUGUUCAGAUGCCAAUCAUUGAUGGCUACAAGUGCACGCAUUUAAUGCGGCAUCACCGUCCGUACAAGGGUCUCAUCCACAAUGUUCCCAUUGUUGCCAUGACUGCCUCUGCCAUCCAAGGCGACCGGGAAAAGUGCAAGAGAGCUGGCAUGGAUGACUAUCUGGCCAAGCCGGUGACAAUGUCCAUACUGGAGCGCAUGCUGAUUCGCUGGUGCGUAUCGCGACGCCGAGAGAGCAGUGUCGCUGACCGCGCGGUGUCUGACUGUUCUGAGCUGAGCGAACAUUGCGAUGCGUCUAGCAUCCCCCACAUCGCUGUCGGGAAUAACGCCACCGUUUCACAAAAUAGCCUCGAUUAUGGCAAUGAAACGCAAGAUGACUCGACAGGUGGUCCGGUCACACCGACACCGGCCACCGCCAAUGGCCGUGACGAACUGUCGCCCUUUGACUCGCCGUCCUUGGUGAACAUGCCACCACGGGUCCCGCGUCCCGAACGAGACGCCGAGUUCUCCAGCAUGCUGCAGGAGACGAAGCUCAUUGAUGCCGCAGGUGGACCGGCAUCCAACUUGCGCAGCAAUAGCUAUCAAGAACAGGGCUCUGGCGAGGCGCUGACGGAAGCCAACGUCACCAAGCUUGAUAUAGAAAACAAGCAACCUCACAGCUAG